AUAAUGAUAUGAGAAACGGGCAAAACCUUGAAAAGAACAAAAAAUAAAAUAGAAAAAAAAUAACAACUUUAACAGAAGCAGAGAAGAAUAAGCUUGAAUCCAGGUUAACUGCUCAUCAUUUUUCCAAAUUAUAAUUCUAAUCCAAAACCCAAAACCCCAAAUUUUUAAAGAUUCAAUCUUUUUUCUUUUCUCCUGCUUUCACAAUUUGGGUGUUGUUUUAAUCUGGAAUUCCAUUCAGGGAAUUUCCGGCUGCAAGCAUUAAAAAUUCUGAAGAGUUCCAUAGUUAUUAUCAUGGCUGUGCAGGAGUUUUCUCUUUGAUGCCAGUCUUGGGCAUCGUUAAUGCUAGAAAUAUCUUUGGUGUUUCAAAUAAUUUAUUAGGUGUGAUGGAGAUUUCAUUGUUGAAAGCCCUUCUCAGUAAUAUCUAUUCUUUCUUACAUUUACCAUCCAUUGAAAAUAUAAGUUCGGACCUGGUUCAAAAGUAUUACCAGAAAGCAGAAGGAAUAUUGAAGCUAUUGAAACCAAUACUUGAUGCCAUUGUUGAUUCUGAAAUAUCUUCCGAUGAAGGGCUCACUAAGGCAUUUGAUGAAUUGGGCCAAUCCGUGGAUGAAAUAAGGGAGAUCUUCGAAAUUUGGCAACCAUUGUCAAGUAAAGUUUAUUUUGUUCUGCAAAUUGAAUCAUUGAUAUUGAAGAUACGGACUUUGGGCCUGGAUAUUUUUCAGCUGUUGAAGUCUUCCCAUGACCAUCUUCCUGAAGAAUUAAGUUCAUCGCAUUUUGAGUAUUGUGCACAAAAAAUGAAGCAAAUGGGAUGUGAUCAAAUAUCAUCUGUUGUUAGAGAAGCUAUAAAGGACCAAGAGGAUGGCAUUGGACCCAGCUCAGAAAUCCUGGUGAAAAUUGCAGAGAAUCUAAGCUUGAGGUCUAAUCAGGAGAUUUUGAGUGAAGCAGUGGCCCUUGAGAAACUGAAGGAGAAUGCUGAACAAGCUGAAAAAUCAAGGGAAGCUGAGCUAUUCGAUCAAAUGAUAUCGGUUGUUACCCGCAUGCAUGAUCGCCUUAUACUCAUCAAACAGUCUCAGACCUGUAGCCCAGUCCCGAUACCUGCGGACUUCUGCUGUCCUCUGUCUCUUGAGUUGAUGACAGAUCCAGUGAUUGUUGCCUCUGGGCAAACCUAUGAGCGGGCCUUUAUAAAAAAAUGGAUUGAACUUGGACUAACUGUGUGUCCCAAGACACGGCAGACUUUGGCUCACACCAAUCUGAUACCUAAUUACACCGUGAAGGCAUUAAUAGCAAAUUGGUGUGAGUCGAACAAUGUGAAGCUUCCUGAUCCUGUAAAGUCUGUGAUCUUUAAUCAGCCCUCACCACUUCUUGUACAUGCCGAGUCUGGCACUCCCAGGGGUUCACAUAUUUUUCAGCAUUCCAGGGGAAAUCAACCAAUGUCACCGGGUUCAACUAGAUCUACAGAUUCUCCUGGUAGGAACUGGGUAUCUUCUAACGGAGUUCGUAGAGAGGGGACAUCUCCACAUCAUCCUCGUUCUACCUCAGAGGGUUCGUUAUCAGGUGUAGUAGGGAGUGAACUGGGUUUAGACAUGGCGAGAAUGUCGCUUACAAGCUCUGAGGAAAGGUCCACAAAUUUGCAAGAAAGAAAUAUAGAUUCUGUCAUCCACCAUUCCAUGUCACCGUCUAGAAAUGAAUUUUCAAAUUCAGUUAGAGCUAAUGAACCAAUAUCUCAGAGCCACAGUAGAAAUGCCUCGGCCUCUAGCAUAAAUGCUAGUACAAACUAUUCUCAAGGGGCACAGGGUGAUACUAAUGAGUCUUCUGAGGUGUUAAACCAUCUUACUUCCUAUAGCAGCGACACUUCUGGAGAGGUUAAAGCAGAGAGGCGGGCUUCUACCGCCUCUGACAGUCCUCGCCCCCAAAGAGAAUCCGGAUUCUCACCCCGUUUCAUAGAAACACGAUCUCGGAACCAAACCCUCUGGCGAAGACCUUCAGAUAGGCUUGUUCCAAGAAUAGUUUCUUCUCCGACUACUGAAACAAGAGCUGAUCUUUCUGGUGUUGAAACCCAAGUUCGCAAGCUAGUUGAGGACUUGAGGAGUGAUUCCAUUGAUACUCAAAGAGAAGCUACUUCUGAAAUCAGGCUACUCGCGAAACAUAACAUGGACAAUAGGAUUGUUAUAGCAAACUGCGGGGCCAUCAAUAUUUUAGUCAACUUACUUCGAUCGACUGAUAUGAAGAUUCAGGAAAAUGCUGUCACGGCACUUCUCAACUUAUCAAUUAAUGACAACAACAAAACAGCAAUUGCUAAUGCAGAUGCUAUUGAACCUCUUAUUCAUGUUCUAGAAACAGGAACCGCAGAGGCUAAGGAGAAUUCAGCUGCCACUCUCUUUAGCCUUUCCGUGAUUGAGGAGAACAAGGUCAGGAUAGGGCGGUCUGGGGCAGUCGGACCUUUAGUUGAUUUAUUGGGGAAUGGAACUCCUAGGGGUAAGAAGGAUGCAGCCACAGCUUUGUUCAAUUUGUCAAUAUUCCAUGAAAACAAAGCCCGAAUUGUGCAAGCUGGAGCCGUAAGGCACCUUGUGGAGUUGAUGGACCCAGCAGCUGGAAUGGUCGACAAGGCUGUUGCUGUUUUGGCUAAUCUGGCGACUAUUCCCGAGGGAAGGACUGCAAUUGGUCAGGAGGGUGGAAUCCCUGUUUUAGUCGAGGUUGUUGAGUUGGGUUCUACUAGAGGGAAGGAAAAUGCUGCUGCUGCUCUUCUGCAGCUCUGCACGAACAGCAGUAGGUUUUGCAACACGGUGCUCCAGGAAGGUGCUGUACCACCGUUGGUCGCGUUAUCACAGUCCGGCACUCCGAGGGCUAAAGAAAAGGCUCAGGCGUUACUCAGUUACUUUCGAAACCAACGACAUGGUAAUGCUAGGGGCUGAUUUUGUUGACUGACUUACCAACCUGCCGGCACCAUCUGUGAGGUCUUGGUUCAAGUUGUAUACAUAGUGUGUGUACAUUUGUUGUUGCAAAUAAUACAUGUUAUUAAGGUUUUGAUGCAAAUGGAUUUUAUUCGAUUUAUAGAGGAAAAGUGAUUUACGGAGGACAUGGUUGAUCGAGUCCUCAUGUGAAAAACUUUCUCUGAAUGUCAUUUAGGAGAGCUUGAGAAAAGUGGUUAGGUUCUGUAUGCUUCUCAUUUAUAUCUUAUUCUUAUGCAGGUCUCGCUGUUUCUGCAAAAGUGUUCUGCAAUUUUUUUUUCGGUUUUGAGAUUAUUUAUUGUUAUAUUUUAUUCUGCCUGCGAAUCGCUGUAGAGUUACAAUAUUGUGUUCUUUAUCCAUUUAUGCAGAGUUUAGUUACUGUACUGUUAAA